AAAAAUAAAAUCAAGGAUUGCAUUUCCAGCUGUAUGAAGUUAGAAAGUUAUUUUAAAGUUAAGAUCAAAGUUGACUGCAAAUCACUUAUUUUGUCCAAUGAACAACUGUUCACCUUGAUGAAAGAUAUGGAUAUAUCCAUCAGGAAUGGUUUGAGCAAAGAAACCAAUCCAUCUUCUGUUGUUAAAUGUUAUGUCACUUAUGUACAAGAUUUACCUAAUGGAACAGAAAGAGGUAAAUUCUUGGCUUUAGAUUUGGGUGGUACUAACUUCCGUGUUCUAUUAAUUGAAUUGGGAGAAGAAAACCACUUCCAUAUGGACUUUGAAACCUUCAAAGUUCCCAGUCAAAUCCAAACCGGCAAAGGCACAGAAUUAUUUGAUCAUAUUGCUAAAUGUCUGGCAGAAUUUGUAAAUAAGUAUAACUUAGACAACAAAAAGGCAUUGCCAUUGGGAUUUACUUUUAGUUUUCCUCUUAGACAAGUUGGACUUACAAGAGGAUUUUUAAAUAGCUGGACCAAAGGAUUUAAUUGUUCGGGAGUGGUUGGCGAAGACGUUGUCAGCCUUCUUAAAGACGCAAUCAAGAGGAGGGAGGACGUAAAGAUUGAUGUAUGUGGAAUAUUGAACGAUACUACUGGUACACUCAUGUCAUGCGCUUGGAAGACUCCGAACACUAAAAUUGGACUAAUAGUUGGAACGGGCUGUAAUGCAUGUUACGUUGAAAAAGUGGAAAACGUUGAACUUUUUGACGGCGAAAAGAUAAAACCUCAUGUGAUCGUGAACACUGAGUGGGGUGCAUUUGGGGAUGACGGAAAAUUAGAUGCUGUUCGUACUAAAUAUGACCGGGAGAUCGAUGAGUACUCAUUGAAUCCAGGACAACAGAGAUUCGAAAAAAUGAUUAGCGGCAUGUAUAUGGGUGAAAUCGUGAGGUUGACUAUCGUGGACUUGGCCAAUCAAAACAAACUCUUCGAGGGAAGACUUUCCGAACAAAUGAAGACCAGAGGAGCGUUUGGCACGUCUUUUGUAUCAGAUAUUGAAAGCGAUAUUAUCAACUACAAAAAUACGUGCCGAGUUCUAAGCGAGAUGGGCAUUAACGACCCAUCAUUGGUCGAUUGUGCUAAUGUACGGUACAUUUGUAAGUGCGUGUCUAGUCGUUCGGCGCAUUUGGUGUCUGCUGGCCUGGCCGUGAUUCUCAACAAAAUGGACGAAAAAUCUGUCACAAUUGGCGUCGACGGUUCUGUCUACCGUUUCCACCCAUAUUUCCAGAAACUCAUACUGGAAAAGACUAGACAACUGACUAAAACCGACAUCAAUUUUGAGUUAAUGUUAUCUGAAGAUGGAAGUGGUCGAGGAGCUGCCCUUGUUGCUGCUGUAGCUGUCAGGGAUACAAUACCAGUAAGUGAAAGUUAG